UAUAUCACAUUAAACUUAACCGCACUUUCCUGUCGAUCGGUGUCGACACAGCCGUGAAGUUACACGAUGAAGCAUUUAGUAUUACAAUUUAUAUACUUUCAUUAUAUAGACGAAGCGGCUUGUUUAUAGUUUAAAUGCGUAAUAUAUUGAGAUGACUAACAUAAGCGGACUCCAGCUUUCAGUGGGCUUUCUGUUCGACGUUUUACUACGCAUUUUUCUGGCUGUACUAUUUGUAGAACUAGAAAAAGCAGAACCAUUUACAAGAAAAAUCCAUCAAGAUGAGUUAUGGUUAUAUAGGAAUCCAAAGACGGAAUCAUUUGUUCCAACUACAGUAUUAUGGCCUCUUGUAUUUAUGAUGCCAUUUGCUGUGAUUUGUUUCUUUUUUAUAUGGCACAAAGACAAAGUUGAUCUGCAACAGGCAAUAUUAUCUAUAACCUUAGCUUUAGGUUUUAACGGUCUGAUUACAGAUAUUUUGAAACUUAUAGUGGGUCGCCCAAGGCCAGACUUCUUCUGGCGAUGUUUCCCAGAUGGUCAAAUGAAUGCAGAUUUUAAGUGUACUGGUGAUCCAAUUACCAUAAGAGAUGGCAAGAAGUCAUUUCCAAGCGGACAUUCCUCGUUUGCGUUCGCGAGUUUCGGAUUCAUUGCCCUGUACUUAGCCGGGAAGCUACAUACAUUCAGUCUGGCUGGAAAAGGACAAUCAUGGAGAUUGUGUAUGUUCUUUUUACCAAUCUGCGUCGCCCUCACUAUUGCAUUAAGCAGAACGUGCGAUUAUCAUCAUCAUUGGCAAGAUGUGGUGGCAGGGUCAGUAAUAGGCUAUUGUUUAACGUACAUCUGCUACAGACAUUAUUAUCCUUCAUUGGACUCGUCGUACUGCGACAGGCCAUACGUCGCACUAGCUUCACAAAUUCAAUCAGCUAACAUCAAAUCUAAGAGCGAGCAGAUUAAAUGGAUCUAAUGGAGGCCACACACGCCAUAUGCAGUGUUCUACAAGCAGUAUUUAAUAUUUCGUCAGCGUGUCGAGAUAUUAGAUAAUGUUACAGUUUGAUGUUUAUUUAUUUUUUAUUUUCUUAAUCCAUGAUACAGAUCUGUAUUUUGUAUACAGAUAUCCAAAUAAAUCUGUAUACACCUCUAUGUAUAAGCGAAUAAAUCCCGUAUAUAUCUCCGUGUACGAUCAGAGAACGGA